AAAUUUCUACUUCAACAAAUCAAUUGAUUACAUAAAGCAUUUCAAAAGGCGAAUAAAAAAUCAUGCACAAGCAUGCAGCAAAGAGUGACUUUAAUUCAUGCAUCAUCCGGAUUAUUAUUCUCUUUCCCACAUAGCUUGAUACCUUGAUUUAUUUGCAUUUUAAACAAUUUUUUCAUUGCUUUUUUUUUUAAAAUCUUACUUCUUUAUAAAAUCUUAAACUCAACUUAUGUCUUUCAAACUUUACUAAGCAAUUUAAAUAUAUAGAGAAUAAGAGUUUACAUGAGAUUGUUCGCAGACUUAUGCUAAAAGACAUGAUUUAUAUCUAUCGUCUAAAUUUUCAAUCUCAAACUUAUUAAAACUCAACAUUUUCCGCGCGUAGCGCGGCCGAAGUCUCUAGUAUAUAUAAAUUCGAAAUACAUGCAAACGCCGGAAAAUUAUAUACAUAUAAUGAAACUACAAUAAGUGGCCGUUGUGGAUGCCCAUAUGAAGCAACCUCUUCCCAGCUGGGACUACACGCUUUACAAAGGUCGGUGCAAAAUAAUACCUUAUUAUCUUACGUUGGUCCCCAAGUUAUUAAAUGAUUUGGAAUAUAGAAAACUUAUAAUUUUAUUUUACCAAAAAACUUAUAAAUUUAUACUAAGAAAAUAGGUGCGUAAGCUUGAAGAGCAAGGAACACUAUAUAUACAGUGCAAAUGCCAAUGCCAUUCAUUCAUCAAACUAUUCAACGCAAACUACAAAUUUUGCAUCUGACUACUUACAUUCUAAAAUCACCAACAUAAAGUGCAAGAUGACGACUAUUGAAAUGAGAGUUCACAUGGACUGUGUGGGGUGCGAGAGCAGAGUUAAAUCUGCCCUUCAGAAGAUGAGAGGAGUGGAUGAGGUAGAAAUCGACAUGGUGCAGCAGAAAGUGACGGUGACUGGCUACGCCGAUCAGAAGAAAGUUCUAAAGAAAGUUAGAAAAACCGGUAGGAGAGCUGAGCUAUGGCAGCUUCCUUUCAACCCUGACCACAGCUCUCUCCUCGGCGGUGGAAGCAAUAGCACAAACGGUGGUUACUUCUACAACCCUCACGGCUGCAACGGCCCAAUCAACCACCAUGCACCGGUCCCGGGUUCUUCUUACAAUUAUUACAAGCACGGUUACGAUAGCAACGACUAUUCGUCUUACCAGCAUCAUCCUGUUCAUGCCUCUAUCUUCAGCCACCAAGCUGGUUCUAAGUUCAGCGACGAGAAUCCUAAUGCUGCUUGUUCUAUUAUGUGAAAGUGGUUUUUUUUUUUGCUUAGUACUUAUAUGGUACGAGCGUAAGUAUGAAAUCAUAACUAAGUUCAUUACUUCAAAAAAAACUAUUAUGUGUUACUUUUUGUGUGCUUAUGUAAUGUAACUUAAGCUCAAGUGGUUACUUAAUUCUGUUUUAAGUUUUUUUUUGGCACUUAAUUCUGUUUUAAGUUUAAAGAGAUUAAUAUAAUUAUCAGUUUCAAUA